AGACGGCGGACGCGUCAGAGUUGGCGGUGGGGCCGGGGCCGGGGCCGGGGCCGGGCGCGGCGAUGCUGCAGCUGCGGGACUCGGUGGACUCGGCGGGCACCAGCCCCACGGCGCUGCUGGCGGCCGGGGAGGAGGUGGGGGCGGCCGGCGGCGCGAGCGGGGGCCGGCCGGGGGCGAACACGCCGCUGCGCCAGACGCUGUGGCCGCUCAGCGUCCACGACCCCACGCGCCGCGCCCGCGUCAAGGAGUACUUCGUGUUCCGGCCCGGCACCAUCGAGCAGGCGGUGGAGGAGAUACGCGUGGUGGUCCGGCCGGUGGAGGACGGCGAUAUCCAGGGGGUGUGGCUACUGACCGAGGUGGACCACUGGAACAAUGAGAAGGAGCGGCUGGUGCUGAUCACCGACAUGUCGCUGCUCAUCUGUAAAUACGACUUCAUCAGUCUUCAGUGCCAGCAGGUGGUCAGGAUAGCGCUCAGCGCAGUAGACACCAUCUCCUACGGAGAAUUCCAGUUUCCCCCAAAGUCACUCAACAAACGAGAAGGUUUUGGGGUUCGGAUUCAGUGGGACAAGCAAAGUCGCCCUUCCUUCAUGAGCAGAUGGAAUCCCUGGUCCAGGAACGUGCCCUACGCCACCUUCAUAGAGCACCCGAUGGCCGGUGCAGAUGAGAAGACAGCCUCUCUGUGCCAAUUGGAAAGCUUCAAGGCUCUGUUAAUCCAAACUGUCAAAAAAGCCCAAAAGGAAAAUGCUUUGUCAGGACAAGCCAAUGGUGUGCUGGUCUUGGAGCGCCCCCUCCUCAUUGAGACCUACGUGGGAUUGCUGUCCUUCAUCAACAACGAGGCAAAGCUGGGCUAUUCCAUGACCAGAGGCAAGAUAGGCUUUUAGACAGCUGCAUCCUGGGAGCUCAUCCCCACAAGAACGCCAAGGUGACAUGAGGACUGGGGAGAGCCUGUCAGGCCUCCCGCCAGCUCCACUGCCGGCUGGAGGGAUUGGGGGGUCAUUUGCUUUUAGGGAUUUGAUUGGAAUAGUAAAGUGAAUUAAUAUAUAUUUAGUUGGAUAUUGGACAUCCGCUAAUGUGAGCUGCAUACAAAAGCAAACAGAACCUGGCUGUCACUGUACUGCUGGUAUUCCACUUUCUGCACUCCAGUUUUUGUGUUGUCCCUCGAGUCUGGCUGGCUUCUCAUGGUUCUUCGCCACCCCCCGGCCACUCUGGCGUGCUUAGAUCGGCACACUCCCGCUCUCACUUCCGCUGUGGAGAUGGUAGAUACAGGGAGUACCUGAUAUCUCGAGUGCCUGCAGCUGCAAAUGUUUACAAUGGGGUCAAAUUGUGUAUUUUAAAGUUAAUCCAUUUUCUUAAAGCUAAAUACAAAAUAAUCCAGUAGACUGGUUACCUAAGCAAGAUGUGAUCUGUGCCUUGUCAGCUCCUGAAUGAACAGUUGAUCUUUUGUAAAUAGGUAUUUGACCUGAAGUCACACUUUUUCUAAAAUUAAUCCAAGUUGUGUUCAUACUUAGGGUAUCUUUCCCAGGCCCAAAAAUGUUUAGAGAAAAUCGUUUUAAGACAGUUUAUUAAUUUGAGAAAGCCAUCUUGAUCUUUGCACGUAAUUUUGACAAUUACACAUAUUGAGCUUGUAUUGCUAUAUUCAUAUUUAAAAGGGAACCGGGUAGUUUGCUCCUUAAAGAAUGCACUUUAAAGAAAGAGCUAUAUUAGACCUGACGUUGCUAGUGCCCUCCUCAGCACCUGCAGCUCCAGGUAGAUCUGAGGCUUUGUCAGCCCCACACUAAGCAUGCCUGAGCUUUGGCGUGCCUAUGGAGUUUCCUCCCCUGCAGCCACACGCAGCCCACUUGUGUGGCUGGAAGCAUUUGUGCAUAAAUUUUAAGUGCUGGCCUGCCAGUUUCCUCCUGCUUGCUUACAGCUGUUGUGGCUUUGAGCUGAUUGGCCACGGACGUGGUCAUGGUGCAACAGCCUGUCCAGACCAGAAGGCGGCCACAGAAGCUCACCUGAGCCUUCAGCCUUCACUUUUGGUCUUUUAGUAGACAUUGAGAACCAAAUGGAUGUUGUUCCUGUUUUGAAAUUGUUGCUAUUAAAAUAGGUGCAGCAAUCAAGAAAGUACACUUAUGUGAGUUCAUUUUAAAGCUUGCACUAUCUUCUGUAAUGCUUUGUGCAUCUGUUGGCUUGCUCUGCACCUACGGUAACAGACUGGCACAUAGCUGGUACAGUUCUCUUUAAAGAGAGAGACAGGUAACAGUACACAGAUGACCGAGGUUUGCCAUCCUAACUCACCCACCGGUGGUGCUCAGGCUUGGCUGCAGAUGCCUGAGACUCUGAUGGGAUUGCUCUGGGGGUGGCCUGGGUGCUUCCCACAUCCAUCCAGGAUGGAGACUCCUGGGCAUUAGUUCUCAAUCCCAAGUGGACACAAGACUCCCUGUGGAAGUGACUCUAGGUCAGGGACCUGCAGUUCUCUGUUCCCUUAGGGGGACGUACCUAGGGCAGCACUACCCUCAGCUGCUCAGGGCUCCCUUCUCCGCAUUCCAAAGUAGACCCUACCACAGUGUGGCUAGGUGUGCCCCACAGAAACCCCCCGUUUUCCUAAAAUAUUCAGUGACUGAAUUGGGGGACCCAGGGCAAAACCAGGUUGUCUGUCUAAAGGGGAGACUCGCUACGUGGGGCUUGGUUAUUUUAGGGUUGUCCGUCCUCCCUAACACUGAACCAGAAACUUAAACCUAGAAAACCUUCCUGUGACCUAAAUCUUUCAAGAAAAUAAGCAUCAGCAAUUUUAUGAAUUAGCAAAUAUUUAUUUUAAAUAAUAAAAGUUACACCUUUAUAUACCA